UUCCACCAGCUCGGUUCCCCUCCUGCUCAGCCUUCCUUUCUCCCUCCCUUAUUCUUGCCAAUCCUUUCGCGUAUUUGUAAGCUAGCCACGGCUGUUUCAGACAGAAAUGUAUACAGAAGUAUUUUGAUGGGGCUGGAAUAAGUUUGUAGGGCUUACAUCGAACAGAUUGUAUCUUACACCUAAUUCAAUUUACGCUAAGUGGAACCAGGGCGAAGCUUCACCCCUCCCCCGAUUUGAUUCACGGGAAGAACGCUGGAGAGGCUCUGAGAGGUCAGGGGUCAGGAGGACAGGACACUGAAGGAGAACAUCUGAAGAGUGGAUGGGUCUGAGCAGACCACUGGACAGAGCCAGGAAACAACCCCACACCUGGAAGACCAGCCACAGACCUGUGUCCGGCACGCCAUCUCGUCUAUGAGCGUUCAGCAAUGAGACCGUGGAGAUCAGCUCGGGUCUGACUCUCUCAAGAGUUUGAUAGUUACGCCCCUCAGAAACUCCCAGUGGUGCCACCACUUACAGCUGUUCAGGUGGCGGGUGGGCACCCUUGAGCAGACUCUUCUCGCUAGGGGCUGACAACUGAGCGAUGGCCAUGGUGAGAGGGGGCUGGGGAGAUCCCAACGGGGAGACCAACGGACUGGGGGACAAGGGCUACCUCAGGGGGGACGAGGAUGACGAGUCUCCCCAGGCGGGAGGCAGUGACUUGGAGGGGGUGGACGAUGACAAGGCCUGCGUAGUGGACUGUGUGGUUUGUGGGGACAAGUCCAGUGGCAAACACUACGGCGUGUUCACCUGCGAGGGCUGCAAGAGCUUCUUCAAGAGGAGUGUGCGGCGCAGCCUCAACUACACCUGCAGGUCAAACCGUGACUGUCAGAUUGACCAACAUCACCGUAACCAGUGCCAGUAUUGCAGACUGAAGAAGUGCUUUCGAGUGGGAAUGCGCAAAGAAGCAGUCCAACGUGGACGCGUCCCGCCGUCCCACCCCAGUCUCAGCCCCUCAACCACGCCUGUGGGCGGUGGCAUCGGCCUUGGGGGCAUCACGGGAGACGGCAGCGGUGGCGGAGGAGGAGGAGGAGGAGGAGGCGGCGGCGGCAUGGGUGAUUUCUACAACGGGCAGCCGGUGUCGGAGCUGAUCUCCCAGCUGCUGCGGGCCGAGCCGUACCCGGGCAGCCGCUACUCGCACCAGUACGGGCAGCAGGGCGGCGGCGGCGGCGGCACGGUCAUGGGCAUCGACAACAUCUGCGAGCUGGCGGCGCGCCUGCUCUUCAGCAUCAUCGAGUGGUCGCGGAGCAUCCCCUACUUCCCCGAGCUGCCCGUCUCGGAGCAGGUGGCGCUGCUGCGGCUCAGCUGGAGCGAACUCUUCAUCCUGAACGCGGCGCAGUCGGCCCUGCCGCUGCACACCGCCCCGCUGCUGGCGGCCGCCGGCUUCCACUCGUCCCCCAUGUCGGCCGAGCGCGUGGUGUCCUUCAUGGACCAGGUGCGCGUCUUCCAGGAGCAGGUGGACAAGCUGACGCGGCUGCAGGUGGACACGGCCGAGUACAGCUGCCUUAAAGCCAUCGCGCUCUUCUCCCCAGAUGCCUGUGGUCUGACUGACCCGACGCACGUGGAGAGCUUGCAGGAGAAGGCCCAGGUGGCGUUGACGGAGUACGAGCGCAUGCAGUACCCCAGCCAGCCCCAGCGCUUCGGCCGGCUGCUCCUGCGGUUGCCGGCCCUGCGCGCCGUGCCCGCCUCCCUCAUCUCCCAGCUCUUCUUUAUGCGCCUGGUGGGCAAGACGCCCAUCGAGACCCUCAUCCGAGACAUGCAGCUCUCCGGCAGCUCCAUCAGCUGGCCCUACGCCCCCGGACAGUAACGGAUGAGGAGGGGGGCGUGGAGGUGGCUGGGUUGGGUUGGGAUUGUGGGGAGUGGGGGGCCGGUGGUUGUUUGGGCAUGAGUGAGCUUCAUACUUUACACACAUUCUCACCCGGCAAAGACUGAAGAUUAUGGGGCUGUGGUAGUACAUCUGGAGAAUCAUGCCUGGCCCUCAACUACACAAGUCGUCUUCUUCUUUGUAAUUGUCAGUCAUGUGCACGGGAGAGCCUGUUUUUUUAUCUUUAUUGUGUUUUAUUUUUAUUUUUUUGUUGUCUCUGGAAAGAAUUUUACAUUGGAAGAGGGAGAUGUGAUAACACUACAGGACUGGAGAUUGUUGCUUUCAUGUAAACACAUGAGGUACCGACAAAGGACUCAUUCCACAGGAGUUGGAUGCUAAAACACCUUUUGACUAGCUUGCCAAAGUCCAUCAUGGGGAAGAGAGACAUUAUGUGCUGUUUUUACUCUCCCAGAUUGGGGAAACUGUUGAUUGGUGGAUUCUGAAGAAUUAGUUUCAGUACUAAUAGGGCUAGGAGUCUUGUUACUUUUGUUGUUUUUUAAUGUCCUGAAACACUGAUACUCUGGUACUUAUAUAGUGCAGGUGAUCUGCAGCCCUCUAAACACUGCUCUUUGGCCAGCUAUGAAAAUGCCCUCUUACACCAUAUUUGCCUGCCUUGAUGGCAUCACUUAUCUGAUACGUCAUAGUUCUGUGAAGAAGGUAGAGAAUGCGCGCACAUCAGUGGUACAGGUGCUGGACAAAAUAGCGUAACUGAAAUAAAUGAUAGAAGUCCGCAACACUGUUAA